UUGUUUGUUAUAAAUUUUCGAGGAUAUUAUCCGCAACCGAAAGACACUACUAGCACCACUACUGAUUUGAAUUUGUAUGCGACUUAUUUGGAAAUCAUGUUAAAACAAAAGCACAUCGCACAGCGUCUGACUGCAACAACAAAAAACUCACUAAAUGCACUGAUUAGUAACAUGUCCUUAAGUAAUGAAGAUAAUGGGUUAAAACACAAAGCAAGCACACAAUUAGAAAAAUUGCGACUGUUACCUUUCAGAAAGAUAAAAUUCAACAGCAAGCUCUAUCAUGAUCAAAAUGAUGCCAAUUUGGUUCAACGGCUAAAGCUAAAGUUUGGGAAAAACUCGAUUUUAGUGAUAGGUAAUUGGUCUGCUCCGAAUACGAAAUUCCAGGAGCCCACAAGAAGUAAAGGCCUAAUCAAAAUGUUGAAGAAGGCAGGAUUUACUGUUCUUUUAAUCGACGAGUUUAAAACGUCCUCAUAUUGCCCUACUUGCGAAAGCGAACUGGAGACAUUCAAGACUGUUGUCAACCCUCGCCCAUACAAAAGAGCCGAUGCACCAACUGUUGAAUGUCACGGUUUAUUAAGGUAGUUUUGAAUUUAACAUAACAAUCGUUUUCCGUAACUAAAUUUUCAUUUGUCUAAUUUCUUUUUUUACUUCGUCCAAAAAAGGUAAGCUAAACAUCUGAAAAAUAAUUUUGAUUCGUCCAAAAAAAAUUUAACAUCGUCUGAAUUUGAAGUAGAAAUACUGUA